AUGGACCAGUCUAUCAUUCGCAUCUCCAAGGAGCUCAGCGACAUUCAGAAGAGUUCCGACUUGUCACUCGCCGUGGCAUGUCGCGACAUCGAUGUUCGCAAUGUCAAGGCUCUCAUCAUGGGCCCUCACGAGACCCCGUACGAGUUUGGCCUUUUUGAGUUCGCUAUCCGAUUUCACAAAGAUUACCCUUCCAAGUCCCCCACCGUCCACUGCGUUACUACGAACGGUGGGCGCUGUCGGUUUAACCCCAACAUCUACUCUAGCGGCAAAGUCUGCCUGACGUGGCGUGGAGAGCGCGGAGAGGAGUGGUCGUCAGCCCAAGGACUGGAAUCCAUUCUACUCUCCAUCCAGAGUCUCCUGUCCUCGAACCCAUACGAAAACGAGCCAGGCUUCGAGGAUGCUAAUGAUGAAUCGGACAAGAAGGCGCAGAAGGAUUAUGUCCAAAAGAUCCGCCACGAAACGUUGCGAAUUUCCGUCAUCCAACGCCUCGAAGGUUACCUCGGGUUGACCGCCCACGGCCCCCCACACAUAGACGAAGCCAGCGAUGGGGAUCUCGACGAUGACGAUAUCGACGAGUCUAGUGUGCCAUUUGAGCCAUUCAAAGAUCUCUGCAAGCGUCGAUUCUUGUGGUAUUUCGAGUCGUACUUGGCGGCGGUUCAAAAGGGCAAAUCUGAAACAAGGGACGGCCAGGUGUUCGCUCGAAUGCCUUUCGAGUCGCCUGGGAGCAACAGUAUGGAUGGCAAAUUCAACUACACCGAACUUGAACGUCGCCUUCAUACUAUCAAGGCCGCCAUUGACGCAGAGCCUCAGAAAUGGGCCGAGGAAGGCCUGGCUUCCAAGGCACGAGAGAGCACUGUGGCUGUCAACCUUCAGCAUCAGUUUGAGCAGGUCGUCGAGGCGUUCAAGAGGGGAGACAUGCCCCAUAACGUGUUCCUCGAGAACGACAACCCCUUUUCAUGGGUGAUUACCUAUUUUGGGCGCCCAAUGACCAAUCUUGAUGGCGGCCUGUUCAGAAUCAAGAUGAACUUUAGUCCUCGGUUCCCCGAAGUGCAGCCUCGAGUCAAGUUUGAGACCAAGAUUUUCCACCAUCACAUUGCGUCAGACGGUACAGCGUGCUACACACCCAAUCCGCUCAAGAGAGAGGAUGUGAGAUCUCAUAUCGAGGCCAUCUUUUCCUUCCUCGAAGAUGACGAGCCAGCCUACGACCCACGCAAGAUCGUCAAUCCCGAGGCGAGCAAGAUGUACUGGGGAGCAGGGGCCGAUGACAAAAAGAAGUACAACCGACGGCUUCGUCGGUCAGUCCAGCAGAGCAUGGAGUAA